AUGAGUAGUAGGAAUCACGCCCUCGUGGUAGAUGGCGCCGACAAAGGCCGUGGAAUGGCUCGUGUUCGAGGCUGCUUCAAUGGACGACUUCUGUACGCAUGUUCACUCAUAGCGCUAUCUCAGGUCAACUUUGGCAUGGACCAAGCGGCCUUCAGCAAUACUCAGGCCAUGGAUCCAUUCAUUCGCAAAUUCGGAGUCCUGAACGCAAAGACCCAAAAGUACGCAAUCGAGCCGUACUUCCUUUCAUUCCUGAAUUCGUUUACCUACAUAGGCUUUGCUUUUGGUCUAGUCACUGGAAAUAUCAUCUCGCGAAAAUUCGGCCGGAAGAUUGCCAUGUUCACAAUGUGUCUCUGGGCCAUGGUCGGAGCCAUAAUACUAGUCACCUCUCAGCAUAAAGAGCAAAUGUUGGUUGGGCGGAUCGUUGCAUAUGUGUAUAUUGGAAUGGAGCUGGCUUUGGUGCCGGUUCUUCAGUCGGAGCUGACUCCGGCCCCUGUUCGAGGCCUUGUGGUCGGGACCUACCAGUCAGGUUUGUUGCUUGGACAACUCAUCAUGUCCCUCAUCUGCCGCGGUACAAGCACGAUCAAAGAUGAUAGGUCUUGGCGAAUACCACUUGGCUUGUUCUUCAUUGUGCCAAGCAUCAUCGCAGUUGGGGUCUGGUUCAUGAAUGAAAGUCCACGAUGGCUGCUACUCAAAGGCCGAGAAGAGGAAGCAAAAGCAUCCCUCCAAGGUCUUCGAGAGGGUAAAUUUACUCAGGCUCAAAUUGAUGCCGAGAUGGAGGAGAUCAAGAUGUCGUUGCAGCUUGACCAGGACAAAGGGAGCUUGAAGGAAGUCUUCUACGGCACCAACUUCAAACGAACUCUGAUUGUUAUCGGAGUCAAUAUCUUCCUUCAGCUUACCGGUCAGAACUUUGCUUCUGUGUACGGUACUGUGUUCAUCAAAUCCAUCGGCACAGUAAACCCGUUCACCAUGACCUCUAUCAAUACGGCCCUGAACAUCGUCAUGGUAUUGAUCACUCAGUUACUGACCGAUGUCACGGGCCGCGUGCCCCAGAUGGCUGCUGGUGCCGCUGUCCAGUGCGCUGUCCUAUUCACCAUGGGCGGUCUGGGGACAACGACUCCCCAAACAAAACCCAUCGGUACAGGGAUUGUGGCAAUGGUGACAUUAUUUGGAGUGGGAUUUUCGCUUGGUUGGGCGCCUCUCUCACAUGUCGUUGCGGCCGAGAUUCCGACAACAAGGCUGAGGGAUGCCACUUACGCUUUGGGUUCCAUCUUCAAUAUAGCCAUCCAGUUCACGGUCUCGUUUAGCAUCCCCUACUUGUUGGACGACAAAUAUGCAGGGCUGCACUCCAAAGUCGGGUUCAUCUUUGGAUCGACGGCAUUUUGUGCUUUUAUUUUCUCUCUAACCUGCAUUCCUGAGUGUAGGGGAAAAACCCUGGAAGAGAUUGACCAUUUGUUCCUGGAAAAGGUUCCAAUCGGAAAGUUCGGCAAGACGCACCCAAGGACGUUACAACAUAGUUAUGCCGUUGCAGAGGACAAGGAAUUUGGACAAAAGGUUCGAGUGGACACAUUGUAA